AUGGCGGCCUCUCAGCUGGCGGCGCUUGAAGGAGCAGAGCUGGAUUCUGGGGCUCAGGCAGCGGAGGCCUUGCCUGCCGCCCUGUACUCCGAGGGCCAGCGGCUGGCACUCGAGGCGCUGCUGAGUGAGGGCACCGAAGCCUUCCAGGCCUGUGUGCAGCGUGAGGGGCUGCGGCCCUUCCUCAGCGGGGAUGAGCUCCAGGGCCUGGCCGCCGCCGCAGAGGAAUGGAGCUCGGGCAGCGCGGCUGAGGGCGCCACGGCUGACGGAGACCCAGGCAGCCUCACCUACUGGCCGGGUCAGUCGGAGGAAACACUGCCCACCCUGCGGCUGGGCUGGCCAGAAGACGGAGCGUGGAAAGGCAUCACCAGGGCACAGCUGUACACGCAGCCCCCAGAGGAGGGCCAGCCCCCGCUCAAGGAGGUGGUGCGCCGGGAAAUCCGCGCUGCACAAAAGCUGGUGGCCGUGGUCAUGGAUGUCUUCACCGACCCAGACCUGCUGUCUGACCUCGUGGACACAGCCACGUGCCGCUGGGUGCCCGUCUACGUGCUCCUGGACUGCCAGCAGCUGCCCGCCUUCCUGGAACUGGCCCAGCAGCUGGGGGUGAACCCCCGGGCCACAGAGAACCUGGACAUCCGUGUGGUGGCCGGCUGCAGCUUCCAGAGCCGCCAGAGCCGGCAGGUGAAGGGCAGCGUGAGGGAGAAGUUCGUGCUGCUGGACGGAGAGAGAGUGGUCACCGGCUCCUACAGCUUCACCUGGAGUGACUCCCGCUUGAACCGCGGCCUGCUGACCCUGCUCACGGGUGAGAUCACCGACGCCUUCAGCCGCGAGUUCCGGACCCUGUAUGCCGCCUCCCGGCCGCUCCCACCAGCACCCAGCCGAGGGCCCUCGACCAAUUCUCCUGGAACUCAGCCACCUCCACCCAGCCCCCACCGCGUGGCCCGUCGCUGUUCCGUAACCCCAGUGUUACCAUCACCCCGGCUGGAGCCCCCGCUGACCAUGCGCCUGGUCGCCAGCCGGGUCCUGAGGGAUGGGCAGGAGCCGCCCAGACCCCCAAUGCCGGCACUCAGUGACAUCCUGAGGAGCGUGCAGCGCGCCCGCACACCCAGCGGACUCCCAGCCCGGCCCAGCCGCUCGCUGUGGGAUCUAAGCCGCCUGUCCCAUUUGUCAGGCUCCAGUGACAGUGACACCAACAAUGAGCUCAGAAAGUCCUGGGAUGCCAAAGACACCCCAGCCAAGGCCCUGAUGAGACAUCGGGGUGCUGGUGGGGGCCCCCGGGCCGAGGUGGACUCCCGCCUGCCACCCCUCUCAUCUAGCCGCCACCUUCAUUACCUGUCCACAUCCCCACGGUGGUGGUUUGGGGACGACGCAGCCUUCAAGCCCUUGGACCCCAGGAGCACCCAGCUGUUAGACUGGAGCCCCGUGGCUGGAUUUGGGGCACGGCCCUGA